AAGGUUGUCCCAAUUACUGAAGCAAAAUCUGAGGCGGUUAUCGGUUUUAAUGGAUCUCGUCAACGAAUCAGCAAAACGACCAGAAACAGGGUCGACUGCGAUGCGUAUCUCGUAAACGGACGCGUUUACUACGAACCGAACAUCACGAUAAGGAUCAUCUCCUGUGUUUAUCCUGAUCCAUCCUUACUGCUGAUGCAUCUUUUCCCAUGGACGAUUCUCAAGUACCUGAUUAUGCCGAUCUACUACCAUCAACGCAAACGAAUGGACAGAAUACACGCCAAGGCUAAACACCAGCUCAUCGCUCGCUCUCCAGCCAAAGCCUAA